CCUCCUUCCAGCUGGGCCCUUGCUCUUGUCUGCUUGCCUGGAUGCUCCAGCAACCAUGAGCCGCCAGUUUAGCUCUCAGUCGGCGUUCAGCUCAAGGAGCAAGAGGGUUUACAGCCUGGGCUCUCCUGCAGGCUCUGGUGGUGGCAGGGGGGCCGUGAGCUCUGUGUGUCAGGUCCGAGGGAGAUGCGGUGGUGGUUAUGGGAGCCAUGCGAGGGGCUUUGGCUCCCGGAGCCUCUACAAUCUGGGUGGCAACAAAAGCAUCUCGGUUAACCUAGUGGAGAGAAGCGCCAGUGGUUUCCGCCAGGGUGGCGCUUUUGGUGGUUUUGGGGGUGGUGGUUCUGGAGGUGGUGGCUUCGGAGGUGGUGCCAUUGGGGGCGGUGGCUUUGGAGGUGGUGGCUAUGGAGGAGGUGGUUUUGGGGGUAGCAAUUUUGGGCUUGGGGGCUUUGGUUCUUGUCCCCUGGGGGGCAUCCAACGGGUGAGCAUUAACCAGAGCCUCCUACAGCCACUUGACCUAGAGGUGGACCCUGAAAUUCAGAGGAUCAAGACCCAGGAGCGGGAGCAGAUCAUGGUUCUCAACAACAAGUUUGCCUCCUUCAUUGACAAGGUGCGAUUCCUGGAGCAGCAGAAUCAGGUGCUACAAACGAAAUGGGAGCUGCUGCAGCAGAUAAACACGUCGACUAGGACCUUCAACCUGGAGCCCGCCUUGGAGAACUACAUCGGUGAGCUGCGGCGGCAGGUGGACUUCCUCAACGCAGAGCAGAUGCGCCAGAGCUCGGAGGUCAUGAGCAUGCAGGACUUGGUGGAGGACUACAAGAACAAAUAUGAGGAAGAAAUCAACCGGAGGACCAACAAUGAGAAUGACUUUGUCAUCCUGAAGAAGGACGUGGAUGCUGCUUAUAUAAACAAAGUGGACCUGCAGUCCAAGGUGGACCUUCUGCUUGGGGAGGUCAAUUUCCUGAAAUAUUUCUUUGAGCUGGAGCUGUCCCAGAUGCAGACUUACAUCAGUGACACCAAUGUCAUCGUGUCCAUGGACAACAACCGCUCCCUGGAUCUGGACAGCAUCAUCGCAGCCGUGCAGACCCAGUACGAGAUGAUCGCACAGAAGAGCAAGGAGGAGGCUGAAGCACUGUACCAGACCAAGUACCAGGAGCUCCAGAUGACAGCAGGAAGACAUGGAGACGAUCUGAAGAACAGCAGGAUGGAGAUUGCAGACCUCACCCGCACAAUCCAGAGGCUGCAAGCUGAGAUUGGCAGUGUCAAGAAGCAGAUUGACCAGAUGCGCGGGGUCAUUUCGGAUGCAGAGGAGAAAGGAAAUCAGGCCCUCCAGGAUGCCGGGCAGAAGCUGCAGGGCAUGGAGGAGGCCCUGCAGCAGUCCAAGGAGCGCAUGGCCCGUCUGCUGCGGGACUACCAGGCACUGCUGGGAGCCAAGCUGUCCCUGGAUGUGGAGAUUGCCACCUACCGCAGGCUGCUGGAGGGCGAGGAGAGCAGGAUGUCAGGAGAGCUGCAGAACCACGUGAGCAUCUCUGUGCAGAGCAGCCAGGUGACUCUCGGCGCAGGAAGCGGCGGUCGAGGCUCUGGAGGUUACGGCGGCGGCAGCAGCUGGGGCUACAGCGGAGGAGGCAGCAGCUCCCGGGGUGGGGGCUCCGGAGGGGGCAGUGGAGGUGGUUAUGGGAGUGGCGGUGGCGGCAGCUACGGAGGGAGCAGCAAAGGCAGCAGCAAGUCCGGGGCCCAAAGCGGUGGCUCCUCCAAACUGCAAAUCAUCCAAACUUCUACCAACACCUCCCACAAGCACAUUGUGGAGUAG